GUCUGAUUGGGUCCAAUCAGGCUGCUGAGCUCCAGCUGUAGUAUCAGCAGCCUGUCAGUAAAGCGGGGACUCUUAUCAGAGAGAUUCUGAACUGAACGCAGAAACCCAUGAAAGGCAUCAAACCAUGACCUUACAGCUUAAAACCAAAGCCCGACUCUUCGACCUGCACUGCUCUGUUGGCCUGACGGACUGGGACAUGGACAAGGAGCUGAAACUGGCCACAACCACGGAUCAGUUUUUCCACGAUGACAAACUGAAUGAUCAACAUGUGGUCCAGAGGCCUUCUUCAAGAGCCUCGAGAAGAAAAGACGAAUUAAUUUGGUACGAUAAAACAUCAGACACCUUUGUGAAGCCAAACCUGUGGCUGCUAGUGAAUCCCAAUAUUGCCAGCCCUAUUCAGUACGGAGAAAAUUCAGCAGAUCUGCAGACUCCCUGUGAACCUGCUGAUGCAAUCCAAAAACCACCACGGAACCCAGCAGGGACUCAACGUCAACUCGGCACAGAGCUCCACACGUGUGCCCCCCAUGGUGCUCCUCUCAAGCACGAGAUGCCGCACUCCACUGACAUGGUAUCGUAUGCAGUACAGACAUCACAAAUCAAAUCCCAUCACAUGCGUGGUGCUAUGAUCAAGAAUGAAGACGUCUCCUGUGCACCAGCCAAGAACAGACGCAAGGGAAGAACCCCGAAGACCAGGGACAGCAGGACCCUGAAGCCAGGAUGCUGGCCUCGUCCACCUGUGAAUUACUGCAUCCUCAUCGCAUUGGCGCUCAAGAGCAGCCAUACUGGGAGCCUCAAAGUCCAGCAGAUUUACAACUUCACCAGAGAGCACUUCCCAUUCUUUCAGACUGCCCCAGAUGGCUGGAAGAACACCAUCAGACACAACCUGUGCUUCAACAACAGCUUCCGCAAAACCUGCAACCAGCUGUGCCGAGAUGGCAAGAGGAAGUCGUGUUUCUGGCACCUGACUCUGGACGGCCACCGUCGGCUGAAGGACGAGAUUCGCACGUUGACGGGAGAAUCCUUCAAGCAGCUGGAGAAGAGCAUGUCCCGCCCAGAUGUAAUUCAGAGUUUAUUUGCAGUGUAAAUCAAUGCAUAAUAAAACCUCCUAUA